AACGCAAUAAAAUGAAGUUGCCGGAAGCGGACCGAAUGCUCCUCGUGUGACAGUGAUGGAAACGACCUGAGGAGUUCGAAGCUUUCAUUGUUAAAAGUCAUUUGCGGUGUAGUUAACUACAGGUGGCUACUUUUGAUUUAUGUCUGCCCGUGCAUUAUUUGUUGGUGGUGGUUGAGAGGCGACGAGACAAAAAACGGGCAUCGACGGUCUAGGCAAGCUGUGCGACAUGGGGAGCGCGUUUUCUCGCCUCGACGGCAACAGACUCUCAAGCCUGCGGGAGAGGUUGAAGGGCAACCGGCGGCCAGGUGAGGGGAGGCCGACAGACUUUGACGACGACUCCCUGGAUGGACUCGUCAGGAGCGAAGACAUUGCCCAGUUUCCUUACGUGGAGUUCACCGGCAGAGACAGCAUAACGUGCCCGGCGUGUCAAGGAAGUGGACGCAUGCCAACGGAUCAAGUCAAUGAAUUGGUUGCAUUGAUCCCAUAUACCGACCAAAGGCUGCAGCCUCAAAGAACCAAGCUCUACGUGGUUCUGUCCGUCGUGCUGUGUUUCCUUGCGUCCAUGCUGGUGGCCUUCUUCCUCUUCCCGCGAACAACGAUUGUGGUGGAUGAUGGGAUAUGCGCGGUGACGGUGCACUUUGACCCCGCAACCGACAAGGUCCAGAUGAACUUAACGAGCACGCUGAACUUCAGCAACCCGAAUUUUUUCUCAGUGUUGGUGGAAAGCGUCAGCUCUCAGGUGCUCUACAUGAAGAAGGUGAUCGGGACGCGUCAGCUUAGCAUUGCCACCACCAUCUUACCACUGAGCAAGCGUCAGGUGAACUACACGGUCAGUGUAGAGAUUGGCAGCAGUGCACCAUAUGUCUAUGCUUUCUGCACCAUGCGCAGCAUCAAGGUCCACAACAUCCUUGUUUUCAUGCAAACCUCGGUGAAAACCUCACACAUGGUGCGAACAUCCCAGAACAGCCUGGAAGCGUAUCACUACAUCGACUGUGGCUCCAACACCACAUACCAGCACUGGCACCCCUUCGCGGCCCCCUAGCCAACUCUCAUUACCACAGAUGUGGGGAGGGAUGGUGUAUUCCUUCACUGGAGUGUUUGGUUGAAGUUUGCACAUGAUCGGGUUCCAUGACGAAACUGCCUCUUAAAUUGAGCAGCUUCCUAAACAAGGUUAUGUGUUGAUUUUUUAUUUAUUUUUUUGGUGGGGGUCGGGGGGGUUCAAGUACCAAAAAACAAUUCUCAAAACUCCGACAUUGCACUUGUAGAUUAGUAGUUGAAUAAUCUUUGCCAAAGAUAAACUCUUGAAGGAAGCGUGUAUUUAAUAUUUAUUUUCAUGAUUAUUCUUUUGUUUUUCUUCUUUGUUACGUUUAACACUGUACGAUUGACAGAAUGUUUAGUUAGUAAACCCAAUGAAACCUUUUGGAAAUGCUGUUUGUGGUUACAAAUGUUCAUCCGGCUGCAAAGAAUUUGAAACCUACAGCGCACGUCUACGUUUUUGAUUAGGAAGACGUGAGGCUAACACUCGUGCAUUUGAACGGUGAUAAGGCAAAUAAUCAAGGUGUCUAAUUUUUUUUUUGGGGGGGGGGGGGGUUAAUGGAGAUGCAGAUGUUUUAAAAACAAUGACUUCGUUGUAAUAAAGAAGCGAAAAAGGAAAUGUCAAUAAAUAUAGCAACAACAU